ACGAGCACUUGAAGUCUUGAAGUAGGAAAAAAAGGUCAAAAGCAUCAUCGUUGUGAUUUACGGCAAUUGACGAGAGAGAGAGAGAGAGAGAGAGAGAAAGAUGAUUUCAGACGGAAUCGAAGACGAGGAGAAAUGGCUGGCGGAAGGGAUCGCCGGACUUCAACACAAUGCGUUUUACAUGCAUCGGGCACUGGAUUCGAACAAUCACAGGGACUCCCUCAAGUAUUCAGCUCAGAUGCUCUCGGAGCUUCGGACUUCCCGGCUUUCACCUCACAAAUACUACGAGCUCUAUAUGCGAGCGUUCGAUGAAUUGAGGAAGUUGGAGAUGUUCUUCAACGAGGAAACAAAGCGUGGUUGCUCAAUUAUCGAUCUUUACGAACUUGUACAACAUGCUGGAAACAUCUUGCCUAGAUUGUACCUUUUAUGUACUGUGGGAUCCGUGUACAUCAAAUCAAAAGAGGCUCCUGCCAAGGAUAUUCUCAAAGACCUUGUGGAAAUGUGCAAAGGCAUUCAACAUCCUGUACGUGGACUCUUCCUCAGGAGUUACCUUUCUCAAGUCAGUAGGGAUAAGUUACCUGAUAUUGGAUCUGAAUAUGAAGGUGAUGCUGAUACUGUCAUGGACGCUGUGGAGUUUGUGCUUCAAAACUUCACAGAGAUGAACAAACUUUGGGUCCGCAUGCAGCAUCAGGGACCUGUUCGGGAGAAAGAGAAACGGGAAAAGGAAAGGAGUGAACUUCGAGAUCUUGUUGGCAAGAACCUGCACGUUCUCAGUCAGAUAGAGGGUGUUGACCUUGAUAUGUACAAAGAUACUGUGCUUCCCAGAGUGUUGGAGCAGGUUGUCAAUUGUAAAGACGAGCUUGCUCAAUAUUACUUGAUGGACUGCAUUAUCCAAGUCUUUCCUGAUGAGUACCACUUGCAGACCCUUGAGACAUUAUUAGGCGCCUGCCCGCAGCUUCAGUCAACUGUUGACAUCAAGACAGUGCUGUCCCAACUAAUGGAUAGACUAUCAAACUAUGCUGCCUCAAGUGCAGAAGUAUUGCCUGAAUUCUUGCAAGUGGAGGCUUUCACCAAAUUGAGCAAUGCCAUUGGGAAGGUGAUUGAAGCUCAGGUUGACAUGCCAGCAGUUGGAGCUAUAACUUUAUAUGUGUCUCUUCUGACAUUUACUCUUCGUGUCCAUCCAGAUCGGCUUGAUUAUGUGGACCAAGUUCUGGGAGCAUGUGUGAAGAAGCUUUCUGGUAAAGCAAGGCUUGAAGAUGGCAAAGCAACAAAGCAAAUUGUUGCACUCUUGAGUGCACCAUUGGAGAAAUACAAUGACAUAGUCACUGCACUGGAACUUUCUAACUACCCUCGAGUGAUGGAUUACCUUGAUAAUGCAACAAAUAAAGUGAUGGCGGUUGUUAUUAUUCAAAGCAUUAUGAAAAACAACACUUAUAUUUCAACUUCUGAUAAGGUUGAAGCACUGUUUGAAUUGAUAAAGGGGCUUAUAAAGGAUUUAGAUGGUUCUCCUGUUGAUGAGCUUGAUGAGGAGGAUUUUAAGGAGGAGCAAAAUUCUGUUGCACGUCUUAUCCACAUGUUGUAUAAUGAUGAUCCGGAGGAGAUGUUAAAGAUUAUAUGUACUGUGAGGAAGCAUAUUCUAACCGGAGGGCCAAAGCGCUUACCCUUCACUGUUCCUCCUCUCAUUUUUUCUGCACUUAAGUUGGUCCGACAAUUGCAAGGUCAGGAUGGGGAUGUGGUUGGAGAAGAUGUGCCUGCAACACCAAAGAAAAUUUUUCAGCUUUUGCAUCAGACAAUUGAAGCUCUCUCAUCUGUUCCAGCUCCUGAACUAGCAUUAAGAUUAUACUUGCAAUGUGCUGAGGCUGCCAAUGACUGCGAUCUUGAACCUGUUGCAUAUGAAUUCUUCACUCAAGCCUUUAUACUGUAUGAAGAAGAAAUUGCGGAUUCUAAAGCACAGGUGACUGCAAUACACCUAAUAAUAGGGACCCUUCAGAGAAUGAAUAUAUUUGGUGUAGAGAACCGGGAUACUUUAACACAUAAGGCCACAGGGUAUUCAGCAAAGCUUUUGAAGAAGCCUGAUCAGUGCAGAGCGGUUUAUGCAUGCUCACAUCUCUUCUGGGUUGAUGAUCAGGACGGUAUGAAGGAUGGAGAAAGGGUCAUACUUUGCUUAAAGCGUGCUUUAAGAAUUGCGAAUGCUGCUCAACAAAUGGCUAAUGUGACACGGGGUAGCAAUGGACCUGUCACACUUUUUGUUGAAAUAUUGAACAAGUACCUCUACUUCUUUGAAAAGGGCAAUCCGCAGAUUUAUAGUGCAGCAAUCCAGGACCUGGUUGAGUUAAUAAAAACCGAGAUGCAAGGUGACAUGGCAACACCAGAUCCAUCUGCAAAUGCUUUCUUUGCCAGCAGCCUGCGCUACAUCCAGUUUCAGAAACAGAAAGGUGGUAUAAUGGGCGAAAAAUAUGAGUCCAUCAAGGUGUAAUUUACAGAAAAUAAUACAUACGACCCAGAUGUAAAAGUGACAGAAAACAAGUUACUCCGGUUGGAGGUUGGUGCUGGAUGAUUUAAUGUGUUGGCUUUCUAUCUCCCAAAGGAAUUGAGGUGGUGUUGUAUAGUUGAAGAGGAGUUAACCAGUUAAGGAUUAGCGUCCACUUGGCAACAUUAUUCUGUGCAGGGGACUCUGCUACUACUAUGGCGCGACACUCAAGCAAGCAAUUGAUUGACCACAUGGUCCACAUCAAGUGACAAUUUCGGAAGUUACCAUGACAACAGUGGUGUCUUAUAGCUAUAGGGUUUGUCUUAGCUGUGUUUUAUCAGUCAUUUUGGAGUUUGAACUGGUUCAAUCAUUACGACAAAAUGUAUCAUCAUCAUUAAACAAGUAAAUCUGUCUUCUAAAUCUGAUAUAAUGAACAUUAAAGCAUAAAAGAAUGAGAGAAAGAAGAAUACUGAAUAGAAGAAGAGGAAGAAGAAGAAAGUUUGAUAA